CUACAUUUGCAUAAUACAUGUAUGUUCGUUGCCAAAAACUUUAACAAACACAUUCUUACACUGGAUCGAGAAAGUAAAUUUAAGUUGCGUGGCAGUCAUUAUUGGACAGAAAAUUAGAUUCAUCGUCGGAAUUCGGUGGGUAACCUGAAUGUUAGUAUGGGGAACUCUUGUUCUUGUGUCGACUGCUGUUUUGGAUUGAGAAAAUACGGCCAGUGCUGGUGGCCUUGUAUUCAGAGUUGUAGCUAUGGGCAUAAAAGGAGCUUCUACAACUACGACGGCACAGAGAUUGUCAACCCUAUGGUAGCAUAUCUACAACCUGUAAAUAGGAUUGUUAGAAAAACGGCCAUUCCAGGGAUGGUUCUUGAUAUGGGUGAAUCUGAAGUUGGUAUGGAUGCCGUCGAGCAGAUUGCAGCAGUGGUAAGACAUGCAUACAGAACAAAACUUCACGCACGCGCUGUUGGUACUGGGUCUUCAUGGUCCAAAUUAACCAGUGUAAGGGAUAUCCUGAUUGAUAUGAAGAAUCUUGAUCGGAUAUUAGAUGUCAGAUCGUCAAGUAGCGAUCAUUCCGUGUAUCACGUAACGGUUCAAGGUGGGAUGAAAGUUCACGACUGUGUCCGUAUAUUAGACAAGGCGCACGGUCUAGCUUUCCCUGCAAUGGGCAACUACGCCGGACAGACAGUAGCUGGUAUUGUCAGCACUUCAACACAUGGCUCUUUAGUGGGGACACAGACAAUGUCUAACUUUACUUCUGGAUUUCAUCUUGUUAUCUCUGGAGGAAUUCAAGUAAAAGUAAGAAAACCGGAAACAGGCGAAACAGAUGAAGAGUUCAGUUCCGUAGAAGAAAGAGUGAACAAUGCUACAUAUGGUGCAGAUCCCUUAGAGAUUGUAAGCAGUGACGUCUUCCGCGCAGUCGCAGUUGGACUAGGUUCGAUGGGCAUCAUUUACACCGUAACCUUCGACUGUAGGAAAAUGUUCAACAUAAAAGAAAGAAGAACCGAAGUAAAAAUCGACUGGCCGCCCAAUACUGAAAAUUUUCGCCUCCCCGAAGAUGUGAGAGCUAUGUAUAGUCAACAAGGGAAGUUUUUCUCGCUAUUAAUUAACCCGUUCGCGAGAAACCGUUGUUGUAGCUCCCGCAAAUACGUGAAAGCUGUUUAUUUAGCUGGGGAUGAAGUCGAUUACAAUGGUUGUUGUCAAUGUGAUUAUUGUCUGGAUUGUCAGUGUGGGUGUUGUUGUUCGGGUUGCCGAGGUAAAUCUGCCUGCCAAGUUGUACAGACUGACUGUUCUGCGAUGUGCAUUCAAAACUGUGCCCAUUGUUGCUGUACGCAAUGCAUGCCGGGAAUAACUGACUGUGGCUUGGAUAACUUUUCUCGAUUCUUACCCUACAUACACAAAUGGUACAACGUAUUGACUUUCACUAACGGAAAUAUUCACAUCAAGACAGCCGAGUACUGUCUACCAGUAUGCCAAUUAGAGAGUGCGUUGACUGACGUCAUCAAGUUAUCACAAUUUUAUUCCGGGACGCACAACGUUUACACACUUCUUCCGAUGUACGUGCGAUUUGCGAAAGCCGACGAUUUGUACCUAAGCCCCGCUAACAGACAUUGUCCAGAUGGAUCAAUCUGUGAGGAGUUUUGUUACAUUGAGGUCCCAUUCCUACCAGGGGCGUUUGCCAUAGACGAGUACCAUCGGACUCUGGAGAAUCUUCUCUUUGAUAAGUACCGUGCACGACCUCACUGGGCGAAGAACAACUUUCUCAAUUGCUACCGCGUAUCUGAGCUCUAUCCACAGUUAAAUGAAUGGGCGAAAGUGUUUGUGUUGUUCAACAAAGGUCGUGUUUUUGACAACCAGUUCACUAACUACUGUGGAUUCGACCAGUUUCAUUAUCAGCAGCCAUCAGGUACGAGUGAUUACAUCAGAGGAUGUCCCCCGGGCGAUGCCGUAACAUCGCAACCUACAGCAGCAUAUCCCGAUAUACAUCCAUUCGGCGUUGGUGAAUAA